UCAAAGACCGAUACGCCAGGAGGAGGGAAGAAGGGGGGGAGGUUGAGGAGGGGGGAACAGGCAAAACGCAAAAGCAGAGGAGGCUUAAACACUCGGGUUGCCACCGCCCGCCGCGCCGCCUUCAGGACCAGCUAGCCUUUCUCUCUGCAGAAUGACCCUGCCGUUACAAAUGUCGAUAAACAUUUCAAACUUUUCUAUCAGCUUGUCCUUUUCCGCCAUCUUGGCCUUGAGGUCGUCAAUCUCCUUUUGCUUCUCCUCUUCAAUCUUUUUCAAGUCUUCGCGGGCCUUGGCGAGCUCGCGCCUCAGCUCGGCUCGUAUGCGGUCUUCGGGCGACUGCAACGGCUUGGUGUAUAUGGCCGGCCGGUUCUCCGCCAGGCCCGUGGCUACUUUCUGCGGAUUACGGUUAAUGGCAGCCCGCGCGUUGUAAAUGUCCCUCGGUAAUAAGUGGCAGUCAGGAUUAUCAGUUUGGAGAAUCUGCAGUGUUUCAGAUACGCCUGCACCUACA